UCGUCAUAUUUCCAAGUUAUCGCAGCGCCUGCUUCCUGAUGCAAAUGGCGACCGUCAUGAUGGCCACGGCAUUGUUUUCGAGAGCUUCAGCGAAAGUGUUGUCACUGCUGGUUCUCGUUCAUUUCACACAACUUUCACACGCCGUGUCAGAGCCUGGCAAGUGGAUCUUAAACGUGAACAGUAAAACGCAUGACAAUGAUGCCCUAUAUCUCUUCACAAAGACGCUAUUUAAUGGCUCUGUGAUUAACCUUAAAUGGUUGAGUGAACGCUGUGAGGAUAAUAACACAGUAAAAUUCUUUGUAUCUUGGUACCUGCGAAGUUCACGAUGCUAUGAUGAAGUUUUUAGCCUUGAUAACAGAAAAGCACACGAAUACUUCAACAAAACCAGUGUGAUUCAGGAGGGAGGCGCUGGUUCAUAUAUCACGCAUAGCUAUAAAAGUACAGGUUGUAGGAAGAAUGUUCCUGGAAAUGUGUUUGCUGUUAAACCGCUCCCUAAUCCAACUCAACUAAUUACUAAAGAGUCUUCCUCUGGCAGUCAAGGGAGGAGAAGGAGAGACACUUCAUCUUUAAAGCCAUUACGUACAGCCAGUACUACAAAAGAAAAAUCAUCCACUCCAGACAGUGAGAUUCAUAACAGCUUGUCUGCUGAAACACAAUAUGCCGUGGCUAGGACUUGGGAAGAUGGCCCCUACAUGUUCAUCUUGAAGAUUGUUGUUUUGCCAUCUGACGCAACCUGGGAUUUCCAGUUGGAGGUCCGCAUGACUGGGCCCCAUGGUUAUAUUUCAGCCACCGAAUGGCCCCUAAUGAUUUUCUACAUGGUGAUGUGCAUCAUCUACGUGUUUCUGGGCCUGCUGUGGCUUGUCCUUUCGGCCUCCUACUGGAGGGACCUGCUGCGUAUUCAGUUCUGGAUUGGCGGGGUCAUCUUUCUGGGCAUGCUGGAGAAGGCUGUGUACUAUGCAGAGUUUCAGAGCAUUCGUUAUGACGGCAUCUCAGUGCAAGGGGCAGUGGUGUUUGCAGAGAUCCUGUCCGCUGUGAAGAGAACUCUUGCCCGUGUGUUGGUCAUCAUUGCAAGUCUUGGCUAUGGAAUAGUCAAACCAAGGCUUGGGGCAUUGCUGCACAGAGUCGUGGGAGUGGGACUUCUUUACCUUGUCUUCUCCAUUGUGGAGGGCAUCCUACGGGUUAACUCGGAACAAGGGGGAAAUAGCAGGCUACUGUGUGACAUUGUUCUUGCUUUCACUGACUCCUGUAUUGUUUGGUGGAUCUUCGUCAGUCUGGCUCAGACAAUGAAGCUUCUGCGCCUCAGAAGAAAUGUGGUCAAACUGUCACUCUACCGUCAUUUUACCAACACCUUGAUCUUUGCAGUAAUUGCCUCUGUCAUUUUCAUCAUUUGGACAACAAAGACUUUCAAGUUUUCUAACUGCCAGUCUGACUGGAGGGAGCUCUGGAUUGAUGAUGCAUUCUGGAGGUUUCUCUUCUCAGCGAUUCUACUGGUCAUUAUGUUCCUGUGGAGACCAUCAGCCAACAACCAGAGGUAUGCCUUCAGUCCACUGGUGGAUGAGAUGAGUGAAGAAGAAAAAGAGCAGCUUAUGAAUGAAGGCUUUGAAGGUGUUAAAAUGAGAGGCUUAAAGGCAGAAGCAAAUGGAGCUGCAAAACCAAACAAAGUGGAUGAGGACCUUAAGUGGGUGGAGGAAAACAUCCCAUCGUCAAUGGCAGAUGUAGCAAUUCCACCCCUAUUGGAUUCUGAUGAGGAAAUCAUGACUACAAAAUUUGAAAUGUCCAAAAUGGAAUAGAAAGAUGCUGUGAUUAUUGUAAAUACUUUCUCUGGACAAUGAUUAAUUUUGUAUGUUGGAUUUACUCUUCACAGUUACAAGCUUUCUAAGCAACAUCUGUAAAUAUGGAAAGGCAAAAACAAUGAGAUGCUGUUUAUUUUAUUUUUGCUUGUUUAUAUUUAUAUUUUGAGUAUUUUAAUCCUGAUUUUCCUGCAAAUGUACAUUUUACUGUUUACACAUCUGAAUAUCAGAUAUUGAUUAAAUCAUGGACUUAUCAGAGAUAUUUUUUCUUGUUUGAAGAAUUAUAUAUUUUUUGGCACUGCUGUUUGUGAACUAUGUUAUGAACGGUAGUCUGAAUGGCAGUUUUAUCCAAGAGUGCAAUGCGACAUGGUUAGUACCUUUAAAGCUGGGUCAGUUGCAACAGGAAAACAAAUGACUGCAAGCGGCUGGAUUAUUUUGUUGUUUCUGCUCCCAAGAUGAUGAUUGGGAAUUCUGACAGCGUGUCCAUUAAUGAGUUCCCCAGAGCCUUUAGCCAGACACUACUGUUACAUGCAGCUUUUGCUUAGCCACAAUGUGGCUUCCAAUAAUACAAUGUGAAUGGCCCUGUAUGUUUGCGGUACCAGUGUAGGAAUGAGCGAUGCACACAAAUAUCGUCCAUGGUGAAGAUGAUUAUGAGUUUAUCCCUCAUAAAAUAGCUCCAAAUACUGUGGUUGCUCUCUGCCAAAUAUUUUAUAGGGAUUUCUUUUUAAUAUGAUUUAUGAUUUUCCAAACCACAUAGAAGCCAGGGGAGUAUUUUUAUGUUAUCUAUGUUCUACAACUCUUAUACUCAGGUUGGACUGAACAGAUUUUUGAUUGCUGCCAAGACUAAAAUGGUAUUUUUUUCUUGGUAUUAUUAUUUAUUCAUUAAAGUGAUGCUUUUCUCCAGAGUGAUUUGUAAUGUUAGGUACUCAAUCAUUUACCCCUUCAUACAGCUGAAUAAUUUUUGUGGGAGUAAUUUAGCAUAAGUACCAGGGGCGUGG